AUGCAAAAUCCUCAAAAUAUUGAAAAUAAAGUUUUUGAAGAUGUUGUGAGAGAUUUUGAUGAAAAUGAAGUUUUUGAAGAAAUAACUGGAAAAUUUACGUGGGAACAAGAUGUUGAAAGAUCAUGGAACUUACUUGUUGAAAACAAUGGAGUAUUACAACAUGUUAGUCAAGAAAAAUUCGAAAAUAAAAAUAAACAAAAAUAUAAAAAGAAUCAAAUAUGUUCCUUAAGGAAAGGAAUAUUCAGGCAUAUAAUCAUAUUAUUUGACUUAUCUAGUAGUAUGAAGGAAAGGGAUUUUAAACCAGAUAGAAUUAAUGUUGUCUUAGAAUGUGUGGAAACAUUUUUAAAAAACUUUUUUUUCAAAAACCCAGUUGGUCAUAUUGGCAUAGUUGCUCUAAAAAAUAGUUCAGCAAAGUUAAUUCAACCUCUGACUUCAAGUAUUGAUGACAUUUUAAAUUCAUUAUUAAAAGAAAGGAGUUUAGGUUUACAAGGUUCCCCAUCUUUACAAGAAGGAUUAGAAAUAGCUCAUGAUUUAUUAAUUGAUAUGCCAUUAUAUGGGACUAAAGAAAUAUUGAUAAUGUAUGGUUCUAUAAGAACAUGUGAUAAAAAAAAUAUUUUAAAAAUAUUAGAAUUAUUAAUUAAAAGCAAUAUUUAUGUAAAUUGUAUUUCAAUAGCACCAGAAAUGCAUAUUUUAAAGCACAUAUGUGAAAAAACAAAUGGAAUAUAUAAAAUAUGCACAGAUAAAAAUUCUUUAAUAAAUGAAAUAAAUAAUUGUGCUGAAACUCCUUUAUGGAUGAAUGGUAUGGAACCUCAAUUAAUUCACAUAUGUUUUCCAAUAAAAAAAAAAAUUAAUACACAAAUAAUGUGCUCUUGUCAUAAUAAUUUAAAUACAGAUACCUAUAUAUGUAAUUUUUGUAAUAGUUAUACAUGUAAAAUACCAUCAAAAUGUAAAGUUUGUGGUAUUCAUUUAAUUUCUAUGCAUGAUCUCUCUCACAUUACUAAUAACCUUCAAGGAUCACCAUUAUUUACUGAAAUAACUAAUGAGAAUAAACAAUAUAAUUUAUGUGUUUCAUGUAAUCAACAACUUGAUGAUAAAGUAUCACAAUGUACCAAAUGUAAAAAUAUUUUUUGUAUUGAUUGUGAUGUUUUUAUUCAUGAAGAUUUAAAUCAAUGCCCAUUUUGUUUAAUAAAUGAUAUUUAA